CCUCACAGUAUUUUUUGUAAUCCUCCAAAGCAGAUCUUUUCCCCACUUCACUCAUUUGAUAAUAGUAAUUGCCUUUUGAGUAAAACUAUUUGAUGUAGCAUUAGAUAUUGAGCACCCUGAAAACACAAAUUCUGUAUUUGUAGAUUAUAAAAUGUUCAUACUGCAGCAUUAUAGUGUUUCUUAUAUUUAAGUUAUCAAAUAUUUUUGUUUCAGUAACUCAAUUAUUUUUGAGGUUAGGAACCAAGAUGUAUAUAUCUGUCCCUCCCAAUGCCUAGUAGAGUGUCUUGCUCACAAUAGCUGUGCAGUAUUUUAAAUUUUGAUUGCAUUUGAUUGAUUUUUUGAAUUUGCUUUAUCAAUUCGAGCUAUAACCAUGAUCAGACCAUUGUUCUGUUUUGCUAACAACAGGGGGCACCAUUAGGGUACUUAUACGCCCAAGAAAUAAUCCUGUCCCAGUCCUAGGGAGCUUUCUGGAGCCGCACUUUCCUUUUCCUAAGUAGUGUCAUAGAAAUCUGGCUAUUGUACUAAAUCAGCGUGGCCCAAUCCUAAUUAUAGACCAAUAUUGACUUCGGGUUAUUUAUUUGAAAAAGAGUAAGUACUGUUAUAGUUUGGUCCUUUGUAGUUUUCUAACUUUGUCUUUCUCCUUGUUCCCAAUAUUCUUUGCUCAAAUAAAAUCUUACCAGGAUCUUCCUAUAUUAAUGAAAUACACUCCUCUUCUGAAGAAAGAAGAUAGAGGUGGAGAGCAGUGAACGGGAACCCCACCUUUUUAUUCCUCCUCCUUCCUCGCCCCUCAUCCAAAGAGCACAGCUUGAAAAAUCUAACUCAUCUAAUUUUAAAAUGCUUUAAAUAAAAAAAAAAUGUUUUAUGAUAGCUCACUUAGGAACUUAGAAUAAAAAUAGGAACACUUUAGUUUUACAGUGAUUUUUUAAGUACAAAGGAGAAUGCUGUGGACUACAUUUCUUGUUUCAGCAAUAAAAGAGUUAAUAUACUAAGCAGCAGAAACUGAGAUACUGCCACGGGAUAGUGCUUUCUGUCUCUGUCAUUUGUGGUUUAAGAAAAGGGGGUGGUGUUCUGCAUUUGAAAGGAUUUUAAUGAAUGCUGUCAGUGUUUGCGAGAGCUAAUGGUCAGUAUGGGAAAGGAGAGCAGGGGAAAGUGGUCUAGCUGCUUCAGGAUAGGUGGAUGAGAGUUUGUUCUGAUUGAACGGAAUGUUCCACCGUGUUUCAUCUUUUUUCAUUGUCCUUUGUUCUUUAUAAUGUGAUAUAUUGGUAUAAAAGUAAAUGUAGAUAUAUAUGUGAAUGUGAUUUAUCUUCCUUUCAAUUUGUUUAUUGUGUACAGCAGGGCAUAUACUUCUCUUGUCUUGGUUGGAUGCAUAAAUCUGUGUGCAGUGCUUUUUGCCCGUUGCCUAGACGAUCACUUGGUUUCUCUGAGGAUGUCUGGUUCUCGUAAAGAGUUUGAUGUGAAGCAGAUUUUGAAAAUCAGAUGGAGGUGGUUUAGCCAUCAAGCAGCAUCUCCUAAUUCUACAGUUGACAGCCAGCAGGGAGAAUUUUGGAAUCGAGGACAGACCAGAGCAAAUGGUGGGAGAAAGUUUUUAGAUCCAUGUAGCCUACAAUUGCCUUUGGCUUCAAUUGGUUACCGAAGGUCCAGCCAACUGGAUUUUCAGAAUUCACCUUCUUGGCCAAUGGCAUCCACCUCUGAAGUCCCUGCAUUUGAGUUUACAGCAGAAGAUUGUGGCGGUGCACAUUGGCUGGAUAGACCAGAAGUGGAUGAUGGCACUAGUGAAGAAGAAAAUGAAUCUGAUUCCAGUUCAUGCAGAAUAUGGAAUUCUGAACUGUGGUGUUGGAAUAAUAAUAAAUAUAGACCAGUCAUCUAUAAUCAUAUGUAUAAUGAAGAGAGGGGAAUAUCUCUGCAUAGGACCUCCAAUAGUAGUCAGACAUUAUCAUCCUGCCAUACUAUGGAGCCAUGUUCAUCAGAUGAAUUCUUCCAAGCCCUUAAUCAUGCUGAGCAAACAUUCAAAAAGAUGGAAAACUAUUUGAGACACAAACAGUUAUGUGAUGUAAUUCUGGUUGCUGGUGAUCGCAGAAUUCCGGCUCAUAGAUUGGUGCUCUCCUCUGUCUCAGAUUAUUUUGCUGCCAUGUUUACUAAUGAUGUCAGGGAAGCAAGACAAGAAGAAAUAAAAAUGGAAGGUGUAGAGCCAAAUUCACUCUGGUCCUUGAUUCAGUAUGCAUAUACAGGCCGCCUUGAAUUGAAAGAAGAUAAUAUUGAGUGCCUGUUAUCUACAGCUUGCCUUCUUCAGCUUUCACAGGUUGUAGAAGCAUGCUGUAAGUUUUUAAUGAAACAGCUUCACCCAUCCAACUGUCUUGGAAUCCGUUCUUUUGCUGAUGCUCAAGGUUGUACAGAUUUGCAUAAAGUGGCUCACAAUUACACUAUGGAACAUUUCAUGGAAGUAAUUCGAAACCAGGAAUUUGUAUUAUUACCAGCCAGUGAAAUUGCAAAACUCUUAGCAAGUGAUGACAUGAACAUUCCUAAUGAGGAGACAAUAUUGAAUGCACUUCUUACUUGGGUCCGUCAUGAUCUGGAACAGAGACAGAAAGAUCUCAGUAAACUUUUGGCUUAUAUUAGGCUACCUCUUCUUGCACCACAGUUCUUGGCAGACAUGGAAAAUAAUGCACUUUUUCGAGAUGAUAUAGAAUGUCAGAAGCUCAUUAUGGAAGCAAUGAAGUAUCACUUAUUACCAGAGAGACGGCCCAUGUUACAGAGUCCUCGGACAAAACCUAGGAAGUCAACUGUCGGUACAUUGUUUGCAGUUGGAGGAAUGGAUUCAACAAAAGGAGCAACAAGCAUUGAAAAGUAUGACCUCCGUACAAAUAUGUGGACUCCUGUAGCAAAUAUGAAUGGGAGGAGGCUACAGUUCGGUGUUGCCGUGUUAGAUGACAAACUGUAUGUGGUUGGAGGAAGAGAUGGACUGAAAACUUUGAAUACUGUAGAAUGCUACAACCCCAAAACAAAAACUUGGAGUGUGAUGCCUCCUAUGUCUACACAUAGGCAUGGCCUUGGCGUGGCUGUGCUGGAAGGUCCUAUGUAUGCAGUAGGAGGGCAUGAUGGCUGGAGCUAUCUGAACACAGUGGAAAGAUGGGACCCUCAGGCUCGCCAGUGGAAUUUUGUUGCCACUAUGUCCACUCCCAGGAGCACAGUAGGUGUGGCAGUGCUCAGUGGAAAACUUUAUGCAGUUGGUGGUCGUGAUGGAAGUUCUUGUCUCAAGUCAGUAGAAUGUUUUGAUCCUCAUACUAAUAAGUGGACACUCUGUGCACAAAUGUCAAAAAGGCGAGGGGGAGUAGGUGUCACGACCUGGAAUGGACUGCUGUAUGCUAUCGGAGGCCAUGAUGCUCCCACGUCCAACUUGACUUCCAGACUCUCAGACUGCGUGGAGAGAUAUGAUCCCAAAACAGAUAUGUGGACUGCAGUGGCAUCUAUGAGCAUCAGCAGAGAUGCUGUGGGGGUGUGUUUACUUGGUGAUAAGUUAUAUGCUGUCGGAGGGUAUGAUGGACAGACUUACCUUAAUACAGUGGAAGCUUAUGAUCCCCAGACAAAUGAGUGGACCCAGGUUGCUCCACUGUGCCUAGGAAGAGCUGGGGCUUGCGUUGUGACUGUAAAAUUAUAACUUAGUGCUUUGUUUUCUAAAUGAAGAUAUCAUCUUCCUUUAUGAAUUUAGUAUAAUUAUUCUACUAUCAAUGGGUAUGUUUUUAGUAAAUUAGCAAGGCCGCAUUCCUGGGCACAAAGUGCCUGAUCUCUAAGUGAAGAUGUUAAAACAAAGGAGGAAAGAGCGGACAAACCAGGAUUAAAUAUUUUCGUUUCUUAGUAAAUCAAAACUGCAGCUGGUGGCUUGUGAACAUAUGUUCCUGAUACAAAAUAUGAGGACAAAUGCACUGCUUCUGAACACAACCCAGUGCUAACUGGGAGUUUCGUUUCUUAAUAAUCAAGCACAUUUCACUCACAUGAUCUAGGCUGCUUUUAUUACAGUGCUAAUACAGCGGAUUAAAACUUGUAACGUUUUACUUCGUAACUUUAUCAUACAUGAGUUACAGUAAUUUUUAUUUGUUUGUUUAACCACAACCACUGUUUUAAUGACAUACUGAAGACUAUGCAUUUAAUUUUUCUCAGAAAUAGCUGCCAUAUAUGUGCUUUGGUUGAGGAUUGUAUUUCUAGAAUUGGCUUAGUCCAAUGAAUAAAGAAAAACGUUAAAGAGUUAAAACAACAAUGACCAAAUAAAAACUGGAUAGGAUCUUUGGGAUCUAUUUAAACAUUCAUUCCGUCUAGAUUCAACAAGAACUCCAUGUUAUGAUAUUCUUAAAUUGGAAUUGAAACAUGGUGUUUGCAUUAAAUUUAAGAUAUGCAGUUUUAUGUGGAGAAAAUACAUGUUCUAUGCCCUCUAAUGUUCUUUCACCUAAUUAGUAUUUAAUUAUGUGGAUUUGCUUUCUUUUGUAUUAUUAAAAAUGUUCUGAUUUUGUCUUUUGAUAUUGACAGAAUUGUAUGGCUGUUCCUCUUUUCUCAAGUCUGUGUUUGCGCCCCUGCCUUGUUUCUUACCUUUUGCCACAGUUAGUAAUCCUUUGUGCUUCUUUGUAAUCAAACAGUUUGGGGGGAAUGGGUUUACUGAAUGUUUGAAAAAUAAGUUUAAAGUUUAUUACCCAAAGUUUUGUACAUUUGUAAGCUCUUAAUUACACAUGUGAAUGUUAA